UGAAGCCACUCUUCCUCGGGGUCCUCAGCACACGGUUUUGUUUACAACCACGUCACCCGGAAGUGUCGAGAUGCGGAGACAGGAUUCCCAAGAUGCGCCUCUUUUUGGCGAAGAUGACGGUAACGUCGGGCUGAGAAAGUCCAGAAUAAGACAUCCACUGGCCUCAUUCUUCCAUCUCUUCUUCCGAACAAGUGCCAUCUUGGUCUACUUACUGUGCGACAUCUUCAGCAGUCGUUUCAUCGCCUGCAUGGUCACCAUCAUCCUCCUGCUGUCAUGUGAUUUCUGGACUGUCAAGAAUGUAUCUGGCAGAUUGUUGGUGGGCCUUCGGUGGUGGAAUCAAGUGGAUGAAGAUGGGAAGAGCCACUGGGUAUUUGAGUCAAGGAAGACGCACAGUCUGAGCAUGACGUCCAGCGCCGAGUCACGGAUCUUCUGGCUCGGACUUAUCGUGUGCCCCAUGUUCUGGAUCGUUUUUGUGUUCAGCACCAUCAUCUCGUUCAAGAUCAAAUGGCUGGCUGUAGUAAUCAUGGGCUUGGUUUUACAAUGGGCCAAUCUGUAUGGCUAUGUGCGAUGCAAGGUGGGAGGGAAGUCCAACCUGAGUAGCAUGGCAAAGAACUAUCUUGGUGUACAGAUUUUUAAACAGGCAAUGAAGAAAACAGAAGAUCCUUGAAGUUGAGAGACAAGUGACGACACACCUGGAAUGUGAUGGGACAUGUUAUAUUUACAUGAUACAUGAUCUUUUGUGAGGGUUGUGGAUUUCUUACAAUUUCACUCAAGUUUUUGAUAGGACUGAUUUUGUAUAUGUGGUUUCCUCGGAAUUCAUCGACUGGUGAAUUCAUGAAUAAUUGCCAAACUUUUCUAAUAAUUGAAAUACACUAUCGCUGCUUUUGAAAAUACAUUCCAUACAGUGGUUUUGCCUAUUGCCAAUUAGCUCAGAGCACACAGAGCUGUAUUUUUGUUACUAAUGCAAGCUAAUUGUGAAAUGUAAACCACUGUCACAAUAGGCUUUCGUUUAUCUUAAAGCAGGAUGGUAACCUCGGUAUUUUUCAUCCUUUUUCCCAUGUUUUUUUGGCUAAGUGCCUAAUGGGAGUUACAAUUAUAGAAGUUAGUCCAGUAUUAAGCAAGUCUUCAGUGGGAAAACAAGCUGCAAUGUGACCACGCGGGCCAUAUGGCACUGUCAAUUUAUGGCCAUUUAUGGAGUUGUUUUUGCCACUGAACGGCUCAACACAACAACAUUGUGGAAAGCAUCACUACAGAGAUAGAUGUUUUUGGUUGAGAGGAAGAUCCUUUUUGUUUAACCAGAAACAUCCCCGAAAUUGCCAUCUCCAUCACAAUCUCCAACCCCACCAGACUCCAUGUAAAUAAACAAUAAUUUUAGCGUGUAUAGAACCAGCAUAUUUUCACAGCUAACUGAUUGAAAUAAGGAUCAAUUUUAACCAAACCAGAGUUGGUGAUUUUCAGAACAACGUAAAGACAAAUCAAAGCAGUUUUUGUUUGUUUUAUUUUGUUUCUGUCAAGUUCGAAUGCAGUGUGUGUGUUAUGAUGAUAAAAUUACUGUUAAUUUAAAUGGAGUCUGGUGGGUUUGGCAAUUGCAAUUUCCGGGCUGUUCCUGGUUAAACAAAAAGAAUUUUACUCUUAAACCAAAAGGUCGACCUCUACAGAUCAUUUUCAUAAUGUUGGCAGACACUUACAAAGAAAUUCUGAGCCUGUCAGUAGCAAAAAUAAACAAUUGUAGUAGCAGUAAAUUGACAGUGCAAACAUGCCUGAAUGGUUACAUUACAGACUACUUCACAGUCGCUCAAUACUGACCAGGUUGUAGAAUGUGUUGUCUCCAUUAAUCACUCAGUCACAAAAACAUGGGAAAAUAGGGUCCAGGUUUGAAGAUACAGAAGUUACCCUUUAGGAAGGUAAUGUUAAAAUGCCUGGUUCCUGAUGGUGCUCGGAUCAAGGCAAUGUGCACUUUUGUGACUGCCUCUGCCCUGCAGGCAGCAUCUAUGAAUGUACUGUAUACUGUUAUAAAAAGGGCUGUUGGGGAUAAAAUACAUAUAUUUGUCACCAUAUUGUGCCUAUUAUUCAAACCUGGAUUGUGGACCUUUAUACUACUGCUUUAUGUUGUUUUAAUCAAACUGUAUUUUGUUAGAAGAAGGUAUGGUUGGGAGAAGUUUAUUAAGUUUGACAUGUUUUGAAAGAAGGUGUGGGUGUGAUUUUAUAUAAAAACUGGUCAUUUACCUUGAAUGUCUCUGGAAAAUCGUGUUUUCUGAGAGAAUAAAAUGAUAAAUACAACAA